UCUUAUACGUCCCUCCCCGGCAUUCGAUCUCCUUCCUCCCCCCUUCUUCUUCUUCCCCGUCGUCUCAGCUCGCCCCCAUUGACACGCAUUAUUCCCCGUUUAGAGUGCGCAUGAUGGAGUCCUACCUGGGGAAGCGCAAGCUGAACGGCAGUGGCGCACCGGCGAGCGCCGAGCGGGAGCCGUCCGGGGCGCCGGCGGGCUUCCAGGCGGUGGUGCUCGGGUACGACGACGACGCCGGGGAGGCAGGCGCGGAGGCGCGGCGGGUGGUGGGCGAGAUGGACUUCUUCAAGACGGAGAAGCGGAAGGAGGAGGCGGCCGGCCGCUCCCACUCCGCCGCCGGCGCGCCGGAUGAUCUCAGCAUGAACAAAGACGACCUGACCAUCAACAUGGGCCUGCACGUCGGCAGGAGGAAGAGCGGGAGCGAGGAGUCCAUCGUCGACGACGGCGUCUCCUCCAACGAGGUAGAUCACAGGGAGACCAAAGCUGAGGUGAGGAAGAAAUCACUCCUGCAGGGCUAG